AUGGCUCCUGAUCGAUCAGCUCUCAUGGCGCGCAUGUCACCAUCCAUAUCUCAGAUCACGCCUCACUUGUACCUUGGAAACGCAUCAAGCUCCCUCAACUGCGAGGUUCUCAAAACCCACAACAUAACUGCCAUGGUUUCGCUACUAGAAAGACGAUAUGAAUGGUGGUCUAGACCAGAAAACCAGGCGGUGGUCCCCCAAGAGCGUCAUCUGUUUGUCCCUUGUCAGGACACCUCAACGAUGGAUAUACUAGCACAUUUAGGUGAUAUUUGCGAUUUUAUAGACGAGCAGCUCGGGUUGUCAGAUGAACUCGUUCCAACAACAGCCAAGGAUGGUACACCAGGGACAGCGUCUGGGGACACAAAAGGCGGGAAUGUCUUGGUUCACUGUGAACUGGGCAUAUCACGGUCCCCGGCCAUCGUGAUAGCAUAUCUCAUGAAAAGACAACGCAAGGGUCUGGACGCGGCAUUGUCGACAGUGAAUAGGGAGCGGGCUGUGAAGCCAUCAGAAAACUUCAGAGAACAGCUGGGGCUCUGGGAAACGACGGGGUUUCAGGUGUGGGAGGACAAGGAGCGAAGUGUGCCAAAUGCUGCGUAUCAGGAAUAUUUGGAUAAAAGGGCUGGCCAAGGAUGA